CAGAUCAAAGAGAUGGCAUGUAUGCCUUAAAAAGUGAGAAGUACUAGGAGUUUCAACACAGGUUCACAAUGAACAGGAGACUUUAAGCCAGAGGUUCUCUGCCCCAGCAGAUUCAUCUCCCUCUUUUAAUAAUAAAUAUUUUGUAAUGUUCUUUAUACUGUCUUGAACUUAAAGUCAAAGAUAAUAUAACUUAGCUAUAUACAUUAUUUUUUAAAAAGCAAUGUAUUGUGUGUAGAUAUAUGCGCACACACAUAACAUUCAUACAUGCAUACAUACACACAUACAUGCACAUACAGUACAGAUGCCCUAAGAGUAUAUAUGGGAGAAAUUAUAAAGUGUGAUAACUCGUGUAAAUGUUUGGGUAUGACCAUAUUGGAAGGCAUAAAGAAGUAAUUGGAAGCUUUUACUGACAUGUAGAAUCACCUAGAAUAUAGACUACUAUAAAUGCAAAUUGUCAAGAGUUUUAGCAUCACUGUUGGUGAUGUGGUUUUCAGAACUAACAAACACAUUUUCUUGAACAUCUGAACCAAAGUACAAUCUUCCUGUGAUUUACAUUCAUGUUCCCUUCCUAGAAAAUUCAGUGUAACAUUAAAACCAUGUUAAAAAAUACUUUGUGUUUAUAUGUAAAACUGAGGAGCUAAGUUGAGGUAAUGUGUGAAGGUUCCAUGGCAGAUCUUUAAUGUGUAGAAAACUGCCCACUAAAAUGUUGCUGGAUGCCCAACAUUCCUGGCCUCUCCAAGUGGCACCUAUUGAUCAUAACCGUACAUGCCCACUAUUAGGGCAUUUGAUCAUGACAACACAAAGACCCCAGCAGGUAGCCAGGCCCUUACUGGGCUAACAGAAUUUUUCAUGGCCUUGUCUGCCAGAUGGAAAAGCAAUAGCUGGUUGGCCUCACACAGGAGUUCAGCUCCAUUGGAGAGGCCAGCCACUGGGAGGGAUAUUUCUUCUGUACUUCUCCAGAGAGUACCAAAGUCUGUUGUACAUUGGUUUUUUUUUUUCUUCCAGUUUUAUUGAGCUAUAAUUGACACAUACACCAUUGUAAAAGUUUAAGGUGUACAACAUAAUGAUUUGAUAUUUGUAUAAUGGCAAAAUGAUUAUAAGUUUUAAUUUAACACCCACUGCCUUACAUUGUUACAUAUUUUUUUAUUGUAAUGAGAACUUGUAAAAUCUACUCUUUUAGCAGCUAUCAAAUAUUUCAGUGUUUGUAACUAUUGUCACCCUGAUGUACAUUAUAUCCCCAGAGCUUAUAUAUCUUGUAACUGGAAGUUUGUACCCUUUGACCACCUUACCCAUUUCUUCUAUCUUGGGUAUUGGCUAUUAAAAUGACUAUUUGGAUUAGAUGUCCUUUGAAGGUGCUUUUCAACUCUAAGAUUUUCUAUUCCUCAAUAAUGAUGUUUUUGAUUCUUCUCAUUGUUUUCAUUUUAAUAAGAACAUGUAAUUGCAUUGAUAAUUGUUAAACAACAAAUAUGUCUGACACCCCUGUGAUUAUUUUCUGUGACCUUUUCCAUUCUAAACUCUCUGGCUUAGUCUUGUUCUUUCUCUGAGCUCAGGCACCUUGACCCUCCUUGCCUGUGGGGAGGCCCUUGCAGAGCUGAUAGGCUCUUGCUCCAGCUGUCAGCCAGAGAACCAGCAAUCCUUGCCCACCUGUUCAGUCUGCAGUAGGAAUUGCCUCUGUGACUUUUCAGUGACUCAUUUUUUCCCAGCAUCCCACUAGGAUACAAAGACAGUUAUUUCUGAUGCUUGGAAAUUAUCCUUUCAGCCACAAAGAUGGUAAUAAAUCUUUGUCUCCCACAGUUCAGACCAAGAAUUUACUGCAACAAGAUAUCAGCUGAUGGUUAUGAAGUGGAAAAUCUCAUCUCUGAAGACCUCACAAAGAGAAGUCAUGGUUUUAGGACAGAGUAUUUCAUUAAGCCACCAGUCUAUGUGACAGUUUCCUUUCCCUUCAAUGUGGAAAUCUGUAGGAUUAACAUAGACCUCACAGGUGGGGGAGGCCAGAACGUCACUGGUCUGGAAAUGUACACAUCCGCCUCGUCCAGCAGAGCAUCUUGGAAUGCCUCUGAGUGCCGGACCCCAGGCCCAGCUGAGCCAUCCAUGCUGGACAGGGAGGCGUUCACUUUGGUGGGCAGAGUCUUGCUGAAAAACCAGAGCCAAGUUGUGUUUAGCCACAGGGGCUUCAAGGCUAGGCCACCUUUUAGCCCAAUGGAAGCCACACUCCCUUCCCCUGCUGUUGUGGCCCAAGAACUCUGGAAUAAAGGGGCUCUCUCCCUUAGCCACGUGGCCCAUCUCAAGAUCUGUAUCACCCACGUGACAGGCAGUGGUAUUCCUUGCAUCAAGCGAUUGGAAGUGUGGGGUCAACCGGCUAAAACCUGCUCUCAGGAGGUGAUAGACAGUGUCCUGCUGGUUGCCUCAGAGAGCCUCCCUCAGGACUUGGCUCUGCAGGCCCCAGGCUUGCCCAUGGAGAGUGACUGUGACCCCGGGGGCCAGUCUGAGGGCCAGCAGGCCCCCGCCAGCCUGCAGGAGCUGGCUGAGGUAAUUCGGGAUGUGCCUGAGGAGUUCCUGGAUCCCAUUACCCUGGAGAUUAUGCCUUGCCCCAUGCUGCUGCCCUCAGGCAAGGUCAUUGACCAGAGCACGCUGGAGAAGUGUAACCGCAGUGAAGCAACGUGGGGCCGAGUGCCCAGCGACCCUUUCACGGGGGUAGCCUUUACCCCACAUUCCCAGCCCCUGCCUCACCCGUCUCUGAAGGCCCGGAUCGACCAUUUCUUGCUCCAGCGCUCCAUCCCUGGCUGCCACCUGCUUGGGAGAGCACAGACUGCAUUGGCAGUGACUCCUUCCUCCAUUGCUCUGCCCUCUCGGAAAAGGAAGAUGGAGCAGGCUGAACAUGCCCCAGACAGUAGCCUUGGUAUAAAUGCUUCCUGUUCCUCUACCACAAGCCUUCUGGUCUCACCCACUACCUCAGAACACAUGGCUAAGAAAAUGAGAGCUGCCAGUGAGCUUGGUCUGACAUACAUGGACUGCUCAACAGGUCCAGUGUCCCAUGAGCAAAAGCUGUCACAAAGCUUGGAAAUUGCCUUGACUUCAACCCUUGGCUCCAUGCCCUCCUUCACAGCCCGGCUGACCAGGGGACAGCUCCAGCACCUCGGCUCAAGGGGGAGCAGCACUUCCUGGAGGCCAGGCACGGGCUGCUCGGAGCAGCCUGGGAGCAUCCUGGGCCCCGAGUGCGCCUCCUGCAAAAGAGUGUUUUCUCCCUACUUCAAAAAGGAACCUGUGUACCAGCUUCCCUGUGGCCACCUCCUGUGCCGGCCCUGCCUGGGUGAGAAGCAGCGCUCCCCGCCCAUGAUGUGCACAGCCUGCCAGCAGCCAGUUGCCAGCCAGGAUGUGCUGCGGGUCCACUUCUGAGUGACCAGCCUCAACCCAAGAAGACCCAUCGCUGGGAGGAGCCAAGGGGCAGCACGAAGGGGGUCAUAGCUUCCAGAGGCUGGGCCAGCUCCCAGGCACAUCGGGGCCUCUUCCUGCCCAGGGGCUUUCCCCUUGCCUCCUCCCACAGCAUAGCACAGGGUAGGGAGGGGCACCCUACUCCUGUUCAAGGGGCAAUAGGAUAACAAAGCCAUAGUUUGGGCUGGGAGGAAUGGGGGAGAUAGCCCUGCCCUCCUGGCCACCCUGCCACCCCCCUGGCAGAGCCAGCCCUACCCUGCUGAGGGCCCCCAAGUGGUCUGCACACUGCCCCCCCCUCCUGCAGGCUGGCUGUGAGUGACAUGUGAUAGACUGGCUCUGGAUCUCAAAGAGAGCCUCUGCCUUCAGGGCCACCCAAAAAUGGACCAUAGUGGGGGGUCUCCACAGUGACUGACUCAGCCCCAUUCUGGCAGGUCUCUCAAGCCUUAAUAAAGUGAAGGUUGAGUCUGCUG